AUGGCUCAACGAUCGGUCAGCAUCAAGUCCUCUGGUGGCGGCCGGAGCUUCAGCGCCUCUUCGGCAUCACUGCUCCCAGGCUGCCGGACCAGCUUCAGCUCUGUGUCUGUAUCCCAGGGAGGGAAGAGUGGGAGUCGUCUGGGGGGUGGUUUUGGGACCAGGAGUCUCCACAACCUUGUAGGCGGCAAAAGGAUCUCUGUCAGUGGGGCAUACCGCUCUGGCAGAGCUGGCUAUGGGGGUGCCUGUGGUUUGGGAUAUGGGGGCAUAGGAUACAGAGCUGGGGGAUAUGGAUUUGGAGGGGGAAUGAUGGCAGGAUCUGGAGGCAUCCAUGAAGUUACAGUCAAUCAGAGCCUACUGGCUCCCCUCAACCUGGAGAUUGACCCAUCCCUCCAGAAGGUUCGGAAGGAAGAGAAAGAGCAGAUCAAGACUCUCAAUAACAAAUUUGCCUCCUUCAUAGACAAGGUUCGCUUUCUAGAGCAGCAGAACAAGGUCUUGGAGACCAAAUGGAGCAUUCUCCAGGACCAUAAGACAACCAAAGCCAACAUUGAUCCCUUGUUUGAAACCUAUAUCAGCAGCCUGAGGAGACAGUUGGAAUGCCUAGGUGGAGAAAGAGGGAGGUUAGAAACUGAACUAAAGAGCAUGCAGGAUGUGGUGGAAGACUUUAAGAACAAAUAUGAAGAUGAAAUCAACAGGCGCACAGCAGCAGAGAAUGAAUUUGUGGUGCUCAAGAAGGAUGUGGAUGCAGCUUACAUGAACAAAGUGGAACUGGAGGCUAAAGUUGAUGCCCUGACAGAUGAAAUCAACUUUCUGAGGGCUUUCUAUGAGGCGGAGCUGGCUCAGCUUCAAGCUCAGAUCUCAGAAACCUCAGUGGUUCUGUCCAUGGAUAACAAUCGUAAGUUAGACCUGGAUAGCAUCAUUGCUGAGGUCAAAGCUCAAUAUGAGGACAUCGCCAACCGAAGUCGGGCUGAAGCAGAGUCCUGGUACCAGUCAAAGUAUGAGGAACUGCAGCUUUCUGCUGGUAGACAUGGAGAUGACCUCCGUACCACCAGAAUGGAGAUCUCAGAAUUGAAUCGGAUGAUCCAAAGGCUGCGUUCUGAGAUUGAUAAUUUAAAGAAGCAGUGUGCCACUCUUCAGGCUGCCAUAGCUGAUGCUGAGCAGCGUGGGGAACUGGCUCUUAAGGAUGCUCGAGCCAAACUGGCUGAGCUGGAAGAUGCUCUGCAGAAGGCCAAACAGGACAUGGCUCGGCAGCUGCGUGAGUACCAGGAACUGAUGAAUGUCAAGCUGGCCCUGGACAUUGAGAUUGCCACCUACAGGAAGCUGCUGGAGGGCGAGGAGUGCAGACUCACUGGAGAAGGUGUUGGACCUGUGAAUAUAUCUGUGGUUACUUCUGCAGGGAGCACUGGAUAUGGAGGCAGUGGUGGCGUCUGUAUGGGUGGAGGUGGUCUCAGCAGCAGUCUCUGCUAUGGAAGUGGGGUUGGAGGCUUCAGCUCCACCAGCGGGCGCAGCAUGGGGGGCAGCAGCUCCAGCAUGCGCAUCAUCUCCAAGACAUCAUCCACUAAGAAAAGUUAUCGGAGCUAAAACUUCUCUACUUGACUGCCCACCCUUUCCCAACCCAGCUUCCCUACCCUAAGGCCUGAUACUCUGAUAAAAACCCAGAAAACAAUUUCAUUUGUAUAGUCAGACAUAGUAACAAAGGGUGCAUAGGUCUUCCAGGGCCAUCUUGUCCAUCCUUCAGCUUCCAAGCAGACCUUUCCUUAGUUGAAGAGUGGUGCUUGUUCACAAAGUCCUCCAGGGUAUGUAAGUGCCUCUCCUAGUGCUUACUACUCUUAAUGGCUAAGAAAUUCUAUCUACACCCAAGUUGUCAUGUUGCAUUUCCUUAAAUCAUUUCUCUUUCUUUCCUGGUUUCUCCAUUUCUGAGCCCCAGCAAGCAUUGAUAUCUCUGGACUAGGGCUUUUAAUCUAUUUGAUUUUCAUUAUAAAGUAAACAAAAUUCCAGCAGAUUCUCUCAGAGCAGGGAAAAACAGAAGGAAAAAAUAGAUGGCAGGGGGCCUUAGCAAAAAAUUCAUCACUAAACAUUGUCUCCUUUGCCCCACGUCCAUCACCAUCAAUGUCCAUUAGCCCAACACAAUCUCCAUAAUAAACUUCAGCUCCUCAGGUUCCUCUGUUUCACUAGUUUUUUCACCUAAAAAAAUCAGGAUUUUGUAAUAUAGUCAGUUUUCAAUUAUCCACAUUAAUAAGAAGAUAAUUGGACAAUUCUGCCUGAAUGUUUGGAAGGCAGUAAAUAAUAUUUCAAAGCAGAUUCCAUAUUCUAUUUUUGUUUAUCCUUAAACCAAUAUUAAAAAUGUUUUACCUUAUGAAAUAUUAAUUGAUGAGAGUCAGCCUGGUAUGAAACAUUUGAUAAGACAUAAAUAGAGAAUCAAAUUUGUCAUGUGUUAGAGGUCUUUCUGUUCAACAUCAUCAUCUCCCUUCACCUUACCAUCUGAUCCUACAGAUAUAAGGUCUGGGACUAGUGAUUUCUGUUGUUGCUUGUACAGUUUUAUUUCCUUUUCUCUAUUUCUCUGUUCUGUCUCUGUGUC